AUUAGCCACCACGGCCCCGGAUCGACGUCAGACUCGUGAGGUUUGAUCCGCUGACGACGCCGCUCCUUCCUCCUCUUCUUGUUCCGCCUUUCUCGCCUGAGUCGUUCACCGAGCCGAGCCGAGAUGCUGUGUGGAGGAACUCACAAGGUGCAGACGGCUACAGCGGACAUACAAAAGAUCGCCGAAGAGAUGAAGUCACACGCGGAAGAGAAGACGGGCAAGAAGUUCACCGUCUUUGAGGCGAAGACCUUCACCACGCAGGUGGUGGCAGGGACCAAUUACUUCAUCAAGGUCCACGUGGGGAACGAGGAGUACAUUCACCUGCGCGUGUACGAGCCUCUGCCGCACACAAACCAGAAGCGCAGCCUGCACAGCGUGGAGCACCCCAAGCAGCUGGGCGACGAGCUGAAGUACUUCGGCUGAGCCGGAAUUGCCAGUGGCCACACGUGCGUGCGCGUGCGUGCACGUGCCCGCGCGUGCGUGCGCGCGCCCGCGCGUGCGUGCACGUGCCCGCUCGCUCGCCAAAACAGAGCACGCAAAAUGCAUUACAACCGACCGCUCGGUUACUGCCACCACCACCACCACCACGACCACGACUCUUGCGAUUGUGUAAACGACAGCCUGUUCCCCAUUGUUAAUGCACGGUGUGAUCGACGUUCAUUUGUGCUGGCCUCGGUUUAUUUGUUCUCGUCGUGAUGCCGUGGCGACAGGGAACCAGGCCGCCACCGUGGGUUUCUGGACACGCUCAACGUUUUUUGGAUUUUCCGAGAAGACAAACUUAACAAUUUGGACCAAAAUCCUCGUCUGAUAUCUUCUUCCAUGCCCCGCCGUCUUUGCGUUUGUGAAAUUGACUUUUCCUGCUCGCUGCGAAUUGACAGAUUUGGAGAAGUCGAUUGGCAGAAUUCAUCCAAAUGUCCGCGUAUAGAAAUGCAUUGUGGAAAAUUACGGGUAAAAAGGAUACGUAGAACUCGAGUUCCAUGUAUAGAUAAAAACACGAUGACAAUUAAGAUGGAUUUUAUACACUUUUUGACAAUAAAACAAGAGGCGUUAAGAUGUUCAAACACCAAAUAAAAACCUUUUGCAAGGGACAAAGUCUGCAUGAACCACACGUGCGGCAAAACAUGCAAUCAAACAUGCUCUCAUAAUAUACGCAUUGUCUUUGAAACUGAUUGGCCUACACGGGAAGACAGCCUUCUUUAGGGCCGUGUCUCACCACCGGUGUUAAACCAGAGAACGCAAAAAGGCGAACAGUGCAGAGACAAUGCGAGUAUCGGAGCAUUUAGAGCUCGGGUCGAGCAGUUUUUACUAAAAAGGUCCCAACACGUUGGAGGAGAACGAUGCAAACAAUAAAACAUUUCUUGAAGGUGAGCAGGCCUGGCCUUUGCAGUGAAUGACGCGGUCUUAUAAAUGGUCUUGCGCGUUUAAGGGAAAAACUCGCAGGCCGAAACUGCACUAAACGUUAACUUUGUACGAGAGAUGUAUUAACUUGGGAGAAUCUGAAGUACUAUCCUAGUGUGUUCGGCUGCGGAUCGUGGGUGUGGGUUUAGCUGAUUGAUAAAUAAAUGGCUUUAAAAAAAA